AUGAUCAAUGACGAGGACAUGAAACCGCAAGGGCCUUGCAACUCAGACAACCCAAGAGAUUGCUAUAUUGAUGCUUUGAUACAUCAUGCUAAGAUUGCGCAGAUCAUAGGAAAAAUAUCACGAGAAGUAUACUCGAUCAGCAAUUUGCCCAACGAAGAUCGUCUAGCAGCUGUGCAGCGGUUGUGUCAUGAUCUGCAUGUGUGGUGGGCCAGCCUGCCGCCCCAUUUGGGUACAGUAAAACCCUCCACCUUGAUACCCAGUUUCCGGCGCCAGGCCAUUGCUAUGCGGCUGGCAUAUUAUCAUGCUCUCAUGCAUGUCAAUCGACCUUUCCUAUUGAGUGAAGGAGCAUACGAGGAAGUUAAAAAAUGCAUAACUGCUGCCCAGAACAGUCUAGAACUUCUCGAUAGAAUGGCUAAAGACAGUACAUUAUUUCAUUCUUUCUGGUGGACAUAUUAUGUUAUUUUUUGUGCAUUGUCUGUUGUCUAUGUCUGGGAGAUUCAGCGAACUACCCGAUGCAUAUAUGGAAAUGAUGAUCAGGCAUCGAGCAAGCUCUUUGAUCUCGCAGAGAAGUGCCACAGUCAUCUCAAGAGAGCAUCGACAAGUCUAUCACAGAACCAACGAUACAGCAUUAUACUAGAUGAACUGCGAUCCGAAGCACAGAGAUGCCGAGCUGCGAUGGAAAGCUUGCAAAGUCAACGUCCAGGUCUUUUUCACGGCGCUGAAGGCCAUGUUGCAGAUAUUAGCCUUUCAUUCCCGCAGGACCCGGAGAGCUGCUUUAACACGGCCUUUCUCCAAGAAGGAGCCGUGCCCGGGGUGUUAGAGAACCUCCAGUUUAGUGAUUGGCAGAUGCUUGACUCUUCGGCGUUCUUGCCCUUAUCGGACUCAAAUUACGUCUCUCCCACAGACUUUCCUGAAGUUCAAUGA